CUUUAUUUAAUUUUUCAAGGUGUUCUGCUGUAUGAUGCUUUGGGAUGGGAAGUGAGAAUGCCAAAGGAAAUUCACGGCCUCAAAGGUUCCUGUCUGGUUAUACCAUGUUCUUUCAGCUAUACAUCAAACCCACCCACAAACCCACUUAGAGUUGUGUGGUAUCAGUGGGUCUCUAAAGGUUAUCCUUUAGUUUACGAUCCUUUGCAUCCAAGCGAUGUCAUUGAGAAAUUCAAAGGCAAAACUAAUUUAUAUAGAAAAUCAGGGGAUUGCAGUCUGCUGAUUACCGGACUGGAACUGUCCCACCAUGGAGAGAAAAUAUAUGCAUGGAUUGACCCUGAAAAUGUUGGAUGGCGCACCUACAAAUUUUAUGAUGUCACCUCUACAGUCCUUGUUGAUGCAAGUCCACAGCUGCCCAGCAUCAGUAUUUCUGGAGGUGAAAGGACGGGUGACGCCAUCACAGUAGAAUGUUCAACUUCCCACACGUGUCCAUACAGAAAACAAACCAUCACUCUGAACGGAAUAGAAGGAUCUGACAAAAUAGUCAAUGACUCCAUUAAAGAUGGCCCGUGGAAAAUCACUCUGACACGCACAGGUGUUGUAAAGGCAGAAAACUCAACUAUUAAGUGUUCAGUAACACAUUAUGGUGGCAUAACAGUGACAGAUACAAAAAACACAAGUGCACAAUGUGCUCAUCAUAAAAUAACGAUUGAGCCUGAACUGGCAGAUGUCACAGAGGGCGUCGCAAAGAACUUCAUUUGUAGCGUCUACCAUUCCUGCCAGAAAGAGCAUCCAACCAUCACAUGGAACUAUGAGAACAUGCAGGUCACAGAGAGGAGCAAAACACUUUCAGGUUUAACUCGGGUCACCUACUCCAACAUAACCUUUCUGGGUGUAAAAGAAGACCAUGAAAAGAAAUUGAUUUGCAUUGCAAAUUUUUCUGGAGGAAACAUUACAACCUCUGUUGUUUUACGUGUAAAAUGUGUUCAUCAUAACAUAACGAUUGAGCCUGAACUGGCAGAUGUCACAGAGGGCGUCGCAAAGAACUUCAUUUGUAGUGUCUACCAUUCCUGCCAGAAAGAGAAUCCAAACAUCACAUGGAACUAUGAGAACAUGCAGGUCACAGAGUGGAGCAAAACACUUUCUGGUUUAAAUUGGGUCAUCUACUCUAACAUAACCUUUCUGGGUGCAAAAGUAGAUCAUGAGAAGAAAUUGAUAUGUACUGCAAAAUUUUCUGGAAGAGACAUUAUGGCAUCUGUUGUCUUAAAUGUGCAAUCAGACCCAGUGCUCAGUGGACUGGAGACUAUUGGUCUUUAUAUCCUAACGCCAUCACUUGUGUUCUUUCUGGUUUGUAUACUUGCUGGAGUCAUCAUAUACAAGAAACGACAAAG